AUGGCAGCUGCAUUCCCGUCAGAGCUUGCGGGGGUUCCGGCCGCCAUGGUCAUGCGUGACAUGGUAGCGCGGGGUCAGAUGCCUGACUCUCAUCGCUGCCUUCGGCUGGUGUCGAAGCUAGGGACGGGCCUCGCGGCGGUAACAGCCGACGGCAUCGCUGAGGCUGCCGCCCGAAUGUUUUCCGCACUUGGGUGGAUGGAAAGUCUAUGUCGGGCCUGGCCGGACAUGGAGGUUGGCCGCACCUGCUGUUCGAUGGUCUCCAUCUUCCAUCGCCGUGGCUUCACGGACCUAGCACUUCGGGCAGUCGCCUGGCUGCGUCAAAGGCACUACGAGAUACCGAUCUGCACGCUUGCCUUGGCGAUUGAUGUCUGCCUUCAAGACGAACGUCUGCCGGAGGCGAAGGAACUCUUCAAGGAGGCUCAGGUGUUGCUCACACAGAUCCUAACAGCACCAAACGAGAUCACGUGUGGGCCACGUGGGUACUAUGUCGAGUCGGGUCAAUGCCACGUGGCCGAAGUUGAGAAGAGGCAAGCCGAUGACGACGAGGAGGAUGAAACCGGCAUCAGUGGCUCCAACAGUGGAGCCAACGACUCCCCAUCACUCUCAGCCAAGGAAAGUCCCGCAGAUUUUCCGACGGACAAGACCACUCUGUGUACAGACGGGCUGCCCAGUUGGCUCAGUUCCCGGGAAGGUCACCUCAUGGCACUCAUCGCGGGCCAUGUCGCUGUCCUGAAUCGCCUCGCACCAGUGGAACCCAGCCACUGGCAGGACGAGUAG